AUGUUUCCUUUUGCACAUGAAGUUCCAGUUUAAGAAUUUUGUUGUUGUUAUGGCAGUUUAUGUAAUGUUCCUGAAGAAUUAAUUUAAUAGAUUAUAUAAAAAAAUUUACUUCCGAAUACAUAGGUGAUAGAUGCUUUCGAAUUUUUACUUUUUGUUGAUUAAUACAUUUUUUUUUUUGAUGAAAAUGGUAAAAUAAAAGAAAACUAAAUUUAAAAUUUGUCAAAAAUUUUUAGUGAUAAAAAACAUUUCGGACCUUUAAAAAUCGCCAAAAAUACAUAUAUUUUUUAUCCUUCAGGAGUAAUUUUUUAAGGUACAUUGGAUUCAAAAGGUUUUAAAUAGGGUUUAGGGAAAUUAUCUAAAGAAGAUAUUUAUAUUUUUGAAGGGGAAUUUUAGGAUGACUUGGCUAUAAAUAAAGGGAAGGAAACAAAAAAUAAUUGCGAAUAUAUAGGAGAUUUCAAAAACGGUUUAUACCAUGGUUUUGGUGUUUUGAAAUUUCCAAAUGGAAGGGUUUAUAAGGGAAAAUUUUAUGAGCAUUAAUAUAAUGGGUUGGGGGAGCUUUUGAAUGAAGAUGGAAUUCUAUAUGUUGGUGAUUGGAGCUUUGGAAAUUUGAAAGAAGGAAAAAUUAUUUAUUAGGAUAAUUCCUAUUAUUAAGGAGAAUUGAAGAAUAUUUAUUUUAGAAAUGGAGAAGGUACUGUUUAGUAUUUAAAUGGUAGCAAGUUUGAGGGUUUUUGGGUUAAUGAUAUGUAGAUCAAUGGAACAUUUUUUUACGAUAUGAAGAUUUUGGAAUAUUUUUAUAAAGGAGAUUUCAUAAAUGGGGUCCCAUAAGGAAAUGGGGUAUUUUAGUAUCCUUCUGGAGGAAAUUAUGAAGGGGAGGUUAAAAAUGGAUAAAGAGAAGGGUUUGGGAUUUAUGUUUAUGCGAAUAAAAAUAAAUAUAUAGGGCAUUGGGUUGGUAAUAAUUAGGAGGGGGACGGAAAAUUUUACUUUUUGGAAAAAGAUGCCAAUUAUGGAGAUGUUUAUAGUGGAUAAUUUUCAAAAGGUAAAUUUUAAGGGUUUGGGUAGUAUAUUUAUGGUAAAUCAGGGAAACAAUAUAUAGGAUAUUGGUAAAAAGAUAAAUGGCAUGGAAAUGGAAAAAUUAUUGGAAAAGAUGGAAAUAUACUAAAAAUUGGAUUUUGGUAAAAAGAUAAGUUUUUUAAAUAAAUUAAUGAAAAAAAUCUUGGAUUUCCUGAAGGGUGGGAAAAAUAUAUUGUUAAACUUAAUUAAUGAAAAAUAAUGAAAAAGUUUUAUUGAAGAAGAUAUCUUAUUUUAAAUUAUAUAAAAAAAAAGAUGCUUUCUUAUCACUUUUAUGUAAAAAAAUACUUUUUGAUUAUA